GACAGAAAAACCAUAAAAACCAGUGAUUUUUUAGAUUAUUUGUUUUUCGAAUAUUUCGUGUAUAAGUUCUAAGAAAAAACAAACAAAUAAGUUGUAGUUUUAAGGAAAUGUUCUUCGUAUUCGAUUUUGUAAAAUUCGGAGGCGCAAUUUAAUUUGGAACACGAUCUAAAUGCCAAGGAAACUGUGAUUUGUUAAAUCAUGCUUAGUUCCGUUUCAUAAACAAAUACCACCCCUCCAGGUAUAAGGUCUAAAUACUGAAUCUCCUGUUCUUGAAAUCUGAUAGGAUUCAAGAUUUUGUAAUACUUUUGUGAUAAUUAUUCUGCUGUGCAUGGUUCUAUCUACAUUUAACAUGUUUUGAACAUGGAACAGACUGUUUUGAAUAAAUUUAUGGAGCUUGAACCAAAUUAGCAAAAAUAUUUAUUUAACAGAGAGCCUCCCAAAAUGGAACAAGACGGAAUUGAGUGGCUAAACGAUAUAUUAGUUGAUGUUCAACUAAGUCAGUUUUUAGUUCCUUUACGAGAUGAUUUACAAGUAACUAGAUUGGAACAUUUCGAUUAUGUUAAACCAGAGGAUCUGGAAAAUAUUGGUUUAAGCAAGCCAGGUGCUAGAAGACUUUUGGAGGCAGUUAAAAAGAAAAGGGCUCAGCAGAAGAAAAAGAAUUUGAUUAAUAAAUUAAUACCAGUAGCUAGUAAGACAAAUACAAAUAAAAAAUUUGAAGAUAGUUUUGCAAUAAAUAAUUUCACAUCGUGUCUGAUUCAAGAAAGCAAUAUAUCUUUGGGUAUUAAGUUGGGAGAUGGUAGUUUCGGUGUAGUUAAACGAGGAGAAUGGACUAGUCCAACAGGAAAACUCAUACCUGUAGCUGUCAAAGUUUUAAAAGCUGAUGCUUUGAAUCAACCAGGUGUUUUUGAAGACUUUAUUAAAGAGGUACAGGCUAUGCACUGUCUGAAUCAUCAAAAUCUAAUUAGAUUGUAUGGAGUGGUUCUUUCUCAACCAAUGAUGAUGGUUACAGAGCUGGCCCCUUUGGGUUCUUUACUGGAUUUUUUAAGAAAACAGUGCCAGCACACUCCUGUAUCUAUGUUGUGCGAGUACGCCACCCAAGUAGCUCAUGGAAUGGCUUAUUUAGAAAGCAAACGGUUUCUGCAUAGGGAUCUGGCUUGCAGAAAUGUAUUGCUGGCUGCUGUUGAUAAGGUAAAAAUUGGAGAUUUUGGUCUGAUGAGAGCUCUACCUCAAGAGGACGAUUGCUACGUCAUGACGGAGCAUAAGAAAGUUCCAUUUCCUUGGUGUGCACCGGAAUCUUUAAGGUACAGGCAGUUUUCUCAUGCGUCUGAUACGUGGAUGUUUGGCGUUACUGUAUGGGAAAUGUUUACCUUUGGAGAGGAUCCUUGGGUCGGGUUGAUUGGUUCAGAAAUAUUGAAGAAGAUCGACAAAGAAGGCGAGAGAUUAGCUCAACCUGAUGCCUGUCCUCCAGCAAUAUAUGCCAUAUUGUUGCAGUGUUGGGCGAAAAACCCUCAGGAGCGACCCACUUUUGCCGCCUUGAAGGAGUUCUUUAGGAAAAAUGUCACGCCCAUUAUGAAAGCUUUAGAUAAACAAAACGAACUUGACAAAUUGAAAGUUAAUGAAGGUGACGAAAUUGCAAUAAUUGAUGGUAGUGCGGAAUUGUAUUGGUGGAAGGGACAGAAUCAAAGAACGUUUGACAUAGGUCUUUUUCCAAGAUGUUUGGUGGAUCCCAUGAGACGCAAACAAGCGGAAGACAUCAGCAAACCCCUUGAUCAUUCUUUUAUCCACACCGGACACGGAUCGGCUUUCGGAGAAAGUUGGGGAUCUCCUUCGUACAUCGACGAUAUGUACCUGAAAAAUCCGAUGGAUCCUCCCGAUUUGAUGGGCCUAAAAAGACGUCCCAAGCCCUCGCCACAGCUUUGCGAUCGAAGGAAAUCCUCCACGAAAAGCUUGAAUGGUUCCCUUCGUCAUUCGUCCUCCGAGAAGCAGUUUCACUAUAAAAAGCUGAAGAAUCAAGAAAGUUUUAAGUGCAAACCUCAACGACCUCCACAGCCUGACUUUGACACUGCCAGGGAAUCGAUUUUGAUCGACGUCUCGCCUACCGAUUCCAAAGUAGUUUUACGCAAGACAAGUGAUAAAUCGGAAACCAGAAAUGCCAUCAGUCUUUUGGACGAACCAAUCGACGUACCACAAGAAUUUCCAGCAAACGGUGAAUCUGCUUGGACUAAGGACCGAUCAAGUACCCAAACCGUACCUCCCCUAUAUCAACAUCCCCCAUCAUAUUACAACACCUCCAUCAUAGAACAGGAACCCGAUCCUUUCGACACCUCAAACAUUCUCUCUCUAUACUCUAGCGUCUCUCCCACACCCUCAAAUCACAACUAUCAUCACAGCAACGAGCUCCAAAACGAGAUAAUGGACAAAAUCAAACUGUACAGUGGUGUCAAAAGUACAACGUCGUCCCCACAGACGCAGUUCGUCCAAGGAGACAUCGCCAACCGCGAUUCACACGUUGCCAGAUCGAAAACGGUGACGUCACCGAAAAAGGGCGUGGCCACGGAGGUAAACGCAGAGAUUUUGGCGGCAGUGGCCUCGAAUUUGACGUCGAUGAAGUUGAAUGACGUUAAAGCUGCUGGUACGAGUAGUUUGAAUAAUAGUAGUUCAAAUGUACCGCAUACUUCACCUUUGACAGCCGAGCCUACUCUUGUACCUGUUGUUUCGAAUGUUGGAUCUGUGCCUGUGCUGCCUAAAAUUCAAAAUGGUACAUAUUCUAAUCUAAGCGACCUCUACGCGAAGACUAGUGAUUAUUCGAAGAAUUCCAACACAAACGUCGUUCAAAAGAAUGACACAAAGUCUGUUAUCAAUAAGAUGUGGCUGGAUACUAACGUUAACAACGUCAACGGAAACUCGAACCAAUAUAGAUACGUAGUGAAUUCGGAAUUUGGAGAGUUCAAAAGCAACAGGAGAUACGAUCCAGUCUAUCAAUCUACAGCUUCUCAUUUAUACGACACUCCCAGCGCGUUCUACGAGAGUACACUGACUUACAACAACCUUUCACAAUCACAAUCCACUUCUGUAUACAAUUCUGUAUCGAAUUUGGAUACAAACACCGCUCAACAAACUUACAGCAAUUACUACAACGCCCCAAACAACUAUAACGACGAACUCUAUCACGAGAUAUCGGAGAAUUUCUACAGUCAAGUGCCUGAAGAAACUUUGAAGCCUCACAGGCCUGCGCCCACCAAACCAGGCGAUUUGAUGGGCCAGCCGCUUAGCAUGCAACAGAUACAGAGAAAAAUACAACAAGGACAAUUGAGCGCAGACGCAGAACGCUUGAUGACUCCCGAAUACAGGAAUAGCAAAAUAAGCCAAGUAAAACAAUGCGUCCCAGAUGCCGGACACGACGAAUGCUUGUACGCGUUACAGCAAACGGGCUGGGACGUGGCUCAAGCCAUUAAGGACAUCAAAAUUGAUACUCUAUUAAAAUUAGGCUUAGUGGAUAGGCACGGUUGCGAGACAGCCUUGCAAAAAACGAAUUGGAACGUUGAAUUAGCUGCGUCGGCCAUUCUUGACACUUGAUUAGAUAUGUAUGCCGAUGUUUAGCAAAUUUGAUAUGCCAAUGCAACUAGUGAUAUUAUUCUGGCUUCAUUCCAAGUACACAUCACUAAUAGCUGUUUAGUUACGGUAAAACUGUUUUAAUUUUUGUACAGACUCCGUAUAUCUUUAUCGCCGAGAAAUUUAGUUACUACAUUUCUCGUAAAUGUAUUUCUUUUGUAAUCUUUAACGCUAGUAUUAUAUAGGGUGCACCAAAAAGUUUGCAACAAAUGGGAUUUUUUUGGAAAUAAUUGAUUUUGUUAAAAAUUCCUAUAUAUGUAUUUAUGGAACUUGGUAUUUUACAGGGUUUCUUGUUUAUGAGCAGAGGUACAAAGAUGCGGUUUUCUGUAACUAGUUUUUCGCUGGGCGUUAUCAGUUUCGAAAUGACUCAAACUUAGGUUUUUAACACCCUGUAUAUUAUUUGUCUAUUUAAUUUGCCUUGUUAUGAGCUUCCUAAAAAUAUAUGUAUUUUUAUUUUCAUAUUUAAGACAAUAAAAAAUGCAUUAUUUACCUUUUUAACAUAAAUCUACCUAGUUUAAAAAAGUAUUAUUUUUUUUAAUUUACUUAUUUUAACCAGAUAAAUUAGCUUUCCAUUGUGUUAUCUUAAUAAACUGCACUAAAAAUGAAGUUGUGCUGCUUUUAAAAAACACGCUGUUAGAGUUAUUGAUAUUUUUGAUCUACUUGUAUAAUUUCGCAAACAGAAACUACUGGUGGAAUAGCCAAUAACCAAAAUGUGACGUAGAAUAAAU